AUGCCUAGCCACGACCACCAUUGCUGCUUCUUCCUCCCGGUCUGCUGCCCAAGCUUCUCUGCGGCCGGCGAUCCUCCGUCCCCGGCUGCUGCAGCCUCCACUGGGCGCCUCUCCUGGAUAGCCAGGAAGAAGAAGAGGAAGCGGCUGAAGCCCCGUCGUCGUGCCAGCAUCAGCUGCGAGCGCUUCCGUGCUGCUGUUCUGUGA